CACAAGUGUGUUUUAAGCGUCUUGUAUCCCAUCAUCAGGGUUAAAUCGUUACUUGCGACAUAAACACCAAUACAAAUCCAUCCAUCAUGUCUGCCGAACUUGCCGUUGUGUACGCCGCCCUUAUCCUCCAGGACGAUCAGAUUGAGAUCACUUCUGACAAGCUCCAGACUCUCGUCAAGGCUGCUGGUAUUGAGGUUGAGCCCGUCUGGUUCUCCCUCUACGCCAAGGCUCUCGCUGGUCAGGACCUCAAGGCUCUCUUGUUGAACGUCGGUGCCCCUGGUGCCGGUGGUGCUGCCGCUGCUACUGGUGCUUCCGGUGCCGCUGCCUCCACCGAGGCCGCUGUCGAGGAGGCUGUUGAGGAGAAGGAGGAGUCCGAUGACGAUAUGGGUUUCGGUCUCUUUGACUAAAUCUCUUCAUCAUUCGUACUCUUUUAAGUAUGUCUCAUCUAAUAAACGCACACCAGUUCGUUUCCAGACUGUGAUAAGAAAAUAAUC